AGGCGACGUCGCUACUCUCGCCGCUUCUCGUCGUUUCUCGUCGCCAGCAGCGCGGGCCGCUUCUCGCCAGUUCCUGUUCUCCCGGCAGCCAGGCUUGAAGGACGCAGUCAUGGACAUCCGGCCCAACCACACCAUCUACAUCAACAACAUCAAUGAUAAGGUGAAGAAAGAAGAGUUGAAGCGUUCUCUGUACGCGCUCUUCUCGCAGUUUGGCCAGAUCGUGGAGAUCGUGGCCAUGAAGACCAUGAAGAUGAGGGGCCAGGCCUUCGUGGUUUUCAAGGAGCUCGCCGCCGCCACCAACGCCCUGCGCCAGCUGCAGGGCUUCCCCUUCUACAACAAACCCAUGAGGAUACAGUACGCCAAGACCGACUCUGAGGUCAUCACCAAGGUCAAAGGAGCGCACGGUGACCGAGACAAGAAGAAGGACAAGAAGAAGAAACCUCAGGACGCCGCCGUCGCCCUCGCCAGGAAAACCGCCAUGGUGCCGUCAAUCGCGGCCCACAUUCCGGCGGUGCAGGUUCCCGACAACCCGCCAAACUACAUCCUGUUCCUGAGCAACCUGCCUGAGGAAACCAACGAGAUGAUGCUGUCCAUGCUCUUCAACCAGUUUCCGGGCUUCAAGGAGGUCCGUCUGGUUCCCGGGAAGCACGACAUCGCCUUUGUGGAGUUUGAGGGCGAGAUGCAGGCGGGCGUGGCCAAGGACGCCCUGCAAGGCUUCCGGAUCACCGCCACCUGCGCCAUGAAGAUCACCUUUGCCAAGAAGUAGGACGAGUGCACGCCAAAGGAUCCUUGGAGCGCUAACGGACAUUUUGGACGUCUUUUUUUUUUUUUUAAACUACUACUUGAUCGUUGUUGUGGUGGACAGGGUCCUCUUGUGACCGUCCUCUUUUGUACAUGAACCAAAUAAAACGUCUUUGUUUUCCUUUUUUACACAA